AUGGUGGAAUUCAGGGAAGCACGUCGUUAUGUUGGUUCCGCUACAAUUGCAGCAACCAGCAUAUUUUUAAAGCCUUCCUCCCCUGGAUUUCCUGCUAUUCCACAUCGUUCCAUGUCUGAACCUCUUGGUUGUGCUGUCAAUCCAGACGGGUCUCUCAAGGAAGCAACGGAAAUUGAUUUUCCGCACUCAGCCAGCGAAGAUCAACCUGACUUGGCUCCCAAACCUGUGCUGAAGAAAAAGAGAGUGACAACCACCAAAGACCUUGGGCCGGCUGCUGUAUGCGUAGGUAGUUCUCGUAUCAAACAAAAAACUUGGAAACUGCGCGAUGGUGAUAAAGCAAGGAAAACAACUCAAAUGGGGAAAUGCGCCAGUUCGAAUAUAGCCAGCCAAAGCCGGAAGAAAGUCAAACAAAACAACGGAAAGCUGAGGAUUUUUGGAGCACAGCAGCAUAGUGACGACGACGCAGAUGGUAGCACCAGAGAACAUGUAACGUCAGAUGGAGGAGAUUCGGAUGACGAUGAAUCUGGAGAUGAGCUUGAUCAGUAUGAAAAAAUGAAGAGUGAGAUUGCGGAAGAACGACAGCUGACGUGCAGGACGGCAUUAAAGGGCACUGGUGUACAAUCUGUCAAGCCGCCAAUCCGUCACGUUCCUACUCCUUUUUCACCGGAAAUGCCUCAAGCCUUCAUACACACAUAUCAAGGUGAUCUGCCAAGUGCUGCUUCUCUUUGCUUUUUGUACUCACAUCUUGAUUUUAGAAAAUGGGAUACCCAUAGUUCAAUCUAUCUUGAACAGUAUGAGAAGAAUAGUGCCGAACCAAACCACCGUGUGCAGCCAACGAAAGAUGUAGAUGAUGACGAAUCAACUGGCUCGCAGAUGAAGGUGACAUCAUUUGUUGGUGAAUCAGAUCUUUGCUGUGAAGAAAAGCUACCACGGCUUGAACUCAUCAAAUGGAUUCGCACUAGAUGGGGUUCAAUGGCUGACCUCAUCGAGCGGGCAUUGGACUGUCGUCUGACAGUGAAUAAGAUGAUGGCGCUUGCUGAUGAUAGCCCCCGGGUGCCAAAUUUGAAGCAAAAGAAAUACAAUGACUUCAAAAUUCAUGCGAAAGAAUGGAAACUGCUUGACCUCGUACUCGAGGUACUCAAGGAACCAAGAAACGCACAAGGAGCAUUUUCAUCCGAGAAUGUGCCUACGGUUAGAAACACCCUUCCCAACCUUGAAUGUCUUAUUGAGUGCUGGGAUAUUAUAUAUCAUACUGCCAAGUUUGCACCAGUACAGGCCGGAAUUGAGGCAGGUAUCUCAAAGAUGAUGAAGUAUUACAACCGAGUCGAAAAUCAUGGAGUUUACUUCGCCGCAAUGAUUUUGGUCCCCUGUAUCAAAGACGCAUAUGCAAGAAAUAAGUGGAGCAUUGAGGACUAUGCUACUGGAAUGGCAAGAUUUGAACAUCUCUUUGAAGACUACAUUACGGACAACACACCCAUUACUCUUGCGAAGGAGAUGAGCAAUUUGGCAACGACAAGUACAACGUCAUUCGAGGGUGGAUACGGCUCUUCAUGGAUGAGCAAUGCUCUUGCAGCACGUCGUGAACAUGAGCAUGAAAAACAUGAUCCCCAUCGGGAACUCUGA